GACCAGGUCCUCACAGACAAAGACCAAAUCCAUACACAGAGACCAGGUCCACACACAGACCAGAUCCACACACAAACCAGUUCCACACACAUAGACACCAGAGCAGGUUCACACAUCCACCAGCAUAGUAAGUAAGUAAAGCUUUAUUUGUAUAGUACCUUUAAAAACGCAAGUGCUUUCACAUACAUAAAAGGACAUAAAAGGAUAAAAAAAAAAAAGAUAAAAAGAGCAUAGGUACACACAUCUGUCUUUGGGUCAUUUAUGUGCAGAAUCAACCUUACAGGUCUCAGUAAACUAUAAACUAUUUAUGACACACACCCACCUCCUUGUUCUACUUCCCUCCAGGCUUGUCUCCCAGAUGUCAUCCUAAACAGUGACGAAGCAGAGACACUCACAACUACAUUUGUUUUUAAUCACAGAACAUGAAACCAGGAAGUCCAGUAUCAUUUUGCCGUCACACCAGGCCUCCGUCUUUGAUGCCUGCAACCCCAGGCAGCCCUCGACAGGAGCAUGAGCCCAUGAACACCCUUCGUAUUUCUGUCGGUGGCCUCCCCAUCCUGGCCUCCAUGGCUAAUGCCACGGACCCCCGUUUCCGCCUGAAGUGGAGGCCCAUCGCGGCCGUGGCACUCGCCCUGCUCCUGCUCCUGCUGCUCUUCAUGCACUUGAGUUCAGGCCUUCACUUUCGCUCCCACAACUCCCACAACGUGAGAUCCCCGCACGUCGAGACCUGGCCGAUGGAGUCCCACUACAACAACACCUACCCUCUCAGUACACCCGAGCACACGUCACAGGGCACCCGCUAUCGCAUCGGGGUCAUUGCCGACCUGGACACCAACUCUCAGAGUGACAAGAAGCUGACGUGGUACAGCUACAUGCGGCACGGUUACCUGCUGGUGUCAGUGAGCGGUGACAAGGUGGCCGUUGACUGGGAUGAAGACAGGGUGGUGCUGGAGAGCCACCUGUCGGAGAAAGGCCGCGGCAUGGAGCUGUCGGAACUGGUGGUGUUCAACGGGAAGCUCUACAGCGUCGAUGACAGAACGGGUGUAGUCUAUCACAUUGAUGGUGGUAAAGCUGUGCCCUGGGUCAUCUUACCUGAUGGUGAUGGCAGUGCUGCAAAAGGCUUCAAAGCGGAGUGGCUCGCAGUGAAAGACGAGCACCUGUACAUUGGUGGUCUGGGGAAGGAGUGGACCACGACUGAAGGAGAGUUCGUCAACAACAACCCCGAGUGGGUGAAAGUCGUUGGCUACAGAGGAGAUAUAAGACACGAGAACUGGGUCCCCAGGUACAAAGCUCUGAAGGUGGCAGCAGACAUAAAGCCCCCAGGUUAUCUUAUCCAUGAGUCAGCAGCAUGGAGCGACACGCUGCAGCGCUGGUUCUUCCUCCCUCGCCGCGCCAGCAUGGAGCGCUAUGAGGAGACGGCGGACGAGCGCCGCGGCACCAACCUCGCCGUGAGCUGCUCGGCGGAUUUCAAAGACAUCAUUGUGAGUCGAGUGGGGCCUCUCAUCCCCACUCAUGGCUUCUCCUCCUUCAAGUUUGUUCCCAACACAGACGACCAGAUCAUCCUGGCCCUCAAGUCGGAGGAGGACGCCGGGAAUGUCGCGACAUACAUAAUGGCCUUCACACUUGACGGACGCAUCCUUUUACCUGAAACCAAGAUUGGGGACGUGAAAUAUGAAGGCCUAGAGUUCAUAUAGACGGCACAGAGACUGAGGGACUCUCUCUUGAGGACACUGCACUGUUAUUCUGUUUUGUUUACAAUGAAAUCACUGUUUUUAUUAAGUUAAUGCGAGCUGCUUCCUCACCAUAAAAACAUGACUUCAGCUGAGCUUCAGGGGUGAAGCAGAAGAACUGUGAGCAGAGACUGUGAGACGUGCGGUCCUGCUUUGGGUUUUAAGUGCAUCAUCUCCUUCCCGGGAACAAACGUGGUUCCGCAGUACUGUAGCCUUUCUUAUGAUGAAUGUACAAAUGAUUGAUUCGUUACGUUGUGUGAUUUCUUUUUUUCUUUUUUCCCCUCAAACAGACGUUUUUAAUGCACAUAGUGUAUGCUCUGAAAAAGUUUUAGCAAAAUUCGCUGUUGUUCCAUGUCAAAAGGCAGCAUUCCAUAUACAUAGCAAACAUGUUGUAAUGACAGUGGAAAAGUCUGUUUUAAUUCUUUGUUUAAAAAAGAAAAAAAAAAAAGGAUUUUUAUGUGGAACAAAGAAUCAAACUGUGUCAGGGUUUUGUUUUUUGAGGGGGAUAGCAGGUGGAUUUGCUGACCGUAAACUUUUGAUUCCUCUUUUCUGAGACAUCUUGUAUAAACCACAUGCUGGCUCCAGUUGUGCAAUAUUUGCAUGUCUGUUAAGGAGCAGGAAUGGCGAAGUGAAACUAUACAGGCCCCUCGCACACUUUAAAAGGUGAGACGUGUGUCGUAGGGCAUCAAGAAGACGGCACAUUUGAAGACAGCAGAGGAGAGAAGGUAACGUGCCUUCAUGAUAUUUCAGCAUAUAUCACGUCAUUCUUACUUUUGAACUGUUCAUUUCAUUUGCUCGCAUUGAUGUUAACCUUGAUAGUUGAAUGAAUUGAAUAUCUUAACCUCCUGAUUGAUUUUUGUGUUCUUACUUCCUCCAUGAUGCAGUCACUGUCUGGUUCACUUACCAACAUAAACAGGUAUAAACAGGUUCUUUGUGUCAUAUUCUACGUGUGAUUAUUUGAACAAAAAUUGAAUUGACAAAAUCCACAAUAAACAAAGUAAAAGACUUA